AACUCAUUUCACCUCUGUGCUAUGCUAUCCUCUUGAAGAGCAAAGAUUUUCAUCAUCUUGGUUAGGUUCAGGAUAUCAUGGCGGAGAUGAAGCUUUUACCAACUCAUAAGGGUCUUUUACAGGAAAAAACUCCAAUAUUUGGCAUGGUUAUAGGGCUAGUAGUGAACGAUGCUACUGUCAUGGUUGGAGAUCCUAAACGUGUAAUAAAAGACAGGAAUAUCGUUGUAGGAGUGACGGGGAAUUUUCGACUCGUGAAUAAGUUGUUGAAGAUGUUACGGAGGGAUAUUUUUGGUAUUAGGUCCUACACGAUUAGGAUCGAUAAUGUGGAGGAAUAUGCCGGAGUGGUGUUAUCCCAUAUCAGGGCUUUAAAGAUAAGGAGAAAUACUCAUUUACACGUUCUUGUGGGUGGUUAUGACAGGAAGAACCCCUUUGUGCCUAAGCUAUUCUAUGUUAAUAAGGGUGGAAUCACUGGUGUAGUUGCAAAGAGUAUCGGGAAUGGAGCUGUAUAUGCAGAUUUAGUCGUCAAGGAUCAAAGAGUGUUUAAUAAGAAUAUGACAAUCAAAAAGGCAUUUGCACUUGCAAAACGGGGAUUUUCUAAAGCUCAAUUAGUUCAUUAUACCGGCACCCGAUUUGUUAUAGGUACCCAUGUCUUGUUACCAAAGUGGAUUAGGCAGUUCCACAGGUUCUGGAGGUUUAAGCGUGUUUUACUAAAUAAGUUCUAGAAUUGUUGGGGUGAAUCAGUCAAGGGCUUAUUUUCAGUUUGGGUUUUUUUAUGUUACCAACUCUCUUUUUCUGCUCUUAUAGAAUCUCAAUUUUGUGGUGCAUGUAAUAACUCUUGCAUUCGGAAGGUGUAUUUCAUAUCUAGAC